UGUCAGCUGACUGACCAUGAUGGGAGGGAGGGGCUUGAGUCGGUGAAGCAAGAAUCCCGCUAAUCCCUUUGAUCCUGGAAAUAACCAAGCAAAAGGAAAGGGCGAUACCGCGCUUUUUGUGUAGCGGUAUUUAUCAGGUGUUGGACCAUCAUGACACGUGAGGACUGAAGAACAGCCACCAUGAUUGGAGGACUGUUCAUCUACAACCAUAAGGGAGAAGUUCUUAUCUCCCGUGUCUACCGUGAUGAUAUUGGGCGCAAUGCCGUGGAUGCGUUCCGAGUGAAUGUGAUCCAUGCGCGGCAGCAAGUGCGCUCGCCCGUCACCAACAUUGCUCGCACCAGCUUCUUCCAUGUCAAGCGAGCCAACAUCUGGCUGGCGGCCGUCACCAAGCAGAAUGUCAACGCUGCCAUGGUGUUCGAGUUCCUCUACAAGAUGUGUGAUGUCAUGACGGCUUACUUUGGCAAGAUCAGUGAGGAGAACAUCAAGAACAACUUUGUGCUGAUCUAUGAACUGCUUGAUGAGAUCCUUGAUUUUGGAUACCCUCAGAACUCUGAGACAGGAGCACUGAAGACCUUCAUCACCCAGCAGGGCAUCAAGGGACAGCAUCAGACCAAGGAAGAGCAGUCUCAGAUCACCAGCCAGGUGACUGGACAGAUAGGCUGGCGUCGGGAGGGCAUCAAGUAUCGCCGCAACGAGCUCUUCCUGGACGUGCUGGAAAGUGUCAACCUGCUCAUGUCCCCACAAGGUCAGGUCCUCAGCGCGCACGUGUCUGGGCGAGUGGUGAUGAAGAGCUACCUGAGUGGAAUGCCCGAAUGCAAAUUUGGCAUGAAUGACAAAAUUGUGAUUGACAAGCAGGGAAAGGGCGGAACUACAGACGAGGCAGGGAAGAGUGAGUUAGGGGGCAGCAGCGGGAAGCAGUCCAUCGCCAUCGACGACUGCACCUUUCACCAGUGUGUGCGCCUCAGCAAGUUUGACUCGGAGCGCAGCAUCAGCUUCAUCCCUCCAGAUGGCGAGUAUGAGCUCAUGAGGUAUCGGACCACUAAGGACAUCAUCCUGCCCUUUCGUGUCAUUCCACUGGUGAGAGAGGUGGGCCGCACCAAGCUGGAGGUGAAGGUGGUCAUCAAGUCCAACUUCAAGCCCUCCCUACUGGCACAGAAGAUUGAGGUCCGCAUUCCGACUCCUCUGAACACAAGUGGGGUUCAGGUGAUCUGCAUGAAGGGAAAGGCCAAGUACAAGGCCAGCGAGAAUGCCAUUGUGUGGAAGAUCAAGCGUAUGGCUGGAAUGAAGGAGUCCCAGAUCAGUGCUGAGAUCGAGCUGCUCCCUACCAAUGACAAGAAGAAGUGGGCUCGCCCACCCAUCUCCAUGAACUUCGAGGUUCCAUUUGCACCAUCUGGGCUGAAGGUGCGCUACCUGAAGGUGUUUGAGUCCAAACUGAACUACAGCGACCAUGAUGUGAUCAAAUGGGUGCGUUAUAUCGGUCGUAGUGGCAUCUACGAGACACGCUGUUAAUGAGCCAGUGAACAGCUGAAAUCCUCCCUCCCUCCUCUAUCUCUACCUACAGUAUAUCCAUCUCCCCAGUCCUCUCCCGAUUUGUGGACGAAUUAUAUAACAAAAAAACGGCAAAGCUUAAAAGAAAUAUGCAAAAUGUGAACGCUUGUUUUCUUUGUCUGUCUGUAUACUGAGUGACCCAAUGAAUUGGUUCAGUGGGCCAAUGGGGAUUGAAUUGUUGUAUCAGGAGGCAUCACCUUCUGAUUCCCCCCCUCCAGUAUUUCCAGGGGUCGGGGGUAGCACCCUCCAGCUACCCUCCUUGCCUGGACCAGAGCAUCAGGCCUAUGCGAUGUGACUAAGCCACUGGACCCCUUCAUUGCAAGCUCUACUUUUGUGGAUUGGUCUCUGUUGUUGCCCCUUACUGACUAUCAUACCUUUAGUGUCUGUGUCUGAUCUCCCUUUCAAUAACUUGGUCACUGUCUAGUUCAGUAUAAAAAUACAUCAUGGAAA